CUAAAACUGUUCAUAAAUUGAACAAUGGGAUCCGUCGUAUCGAGGCAUCCUUUUAAUAACCUAUUCUUCUCGAUGAGUUUGUUCGUUAAUGUUACUAAUUGCAAUUAAUCCUUUCGCUUUAAGUCACUCAGGCUAUAAUUUGAGUUUAAGGUAUGUGAUGACAGCGUGUAAUUCUAACACCGAAUUCUUGUUUUGUUGCCAUUAACCUCGUCGAUGUACAAAACAUUCAAAAUAAAAUGCUUCUUCAAACGAGUGUUUUAUUUAACCUAUCGAUUCAAACGCGACGACUUGUUCCUAGACGAUUACAAACGCUGCGACAAUUACGAGACGUUACUUAGAGAACACCCUCAGACUCGGAUACAAUCCGAAUUGGACGAAAAAAGGAAGCGUUUGCUGAUUGCAGUUACUCAUAAUGACAUACAACAAGUGAAAGCGCUCUUAGAUUCACCAAGACUGUAUAAAGUUACUGACAAGAAAGGCGAAAAUUUACUGCAGAUAGCGAUCAUUCGAAACAAUGCAGCCGUUUUCGACUAUUUGCUUUCGCUCGAAGACUUCCCUUUGGAACUGGUCAACAGCGACAAAGAAACGGCGUUAAUAACUGCCGUUAGUGGGGGUUUAGACGACAAUGACUACUACUUUGCGGAACAGUUGGUGAAAAAAGGGGCCAAUUUGCGUCAGAUGGAAUAUUUAACCAGAACAGUGUGGUACUACUCCAUUAAAAACCCUAGAAUGAUUAAAUUGUUGGCGGAAACGGGGGCUGAUGUUAACACUUGGCACAGACAUUUUGAAACAUCUUUACAUAUGGCUUGUCGCUGCAGCAACGACGAAGUCGUGUCAAUUUUGUUGUUUUUUGGAGGUGAUCCGCUCACCAAGGGUCAUGAGGGCUUAAUCCCUUUCGACAUAGCAGUCCUACAGAAAAAUCGCUUCCAACAAAAACUUUUGUUUAAAUAUACGUUUGACGCGUUCUCUCAAUUUAAAAUAAAGUGGAGGAUUCUGCUGAAACUCGCUCGCCAGCAGUCGUCUCUAUUUGAAAAGUUCGAUCAAUUGGUUAUGGAUAGAUCGACGUAUAGUAUGAUCAUUCAAGGCGAACUGGAAGAGCUAUUGCAACUUGAUUCCAAAACACUAAAAAAAGUACUAACGAAAUUUAAGAACGUAGUUCGUUGGUUUCUACCAUCGUGUAGUUUCCACUUCUGGUGGAAAAAAGAGGACAAUAUUUUAGAAAAGAUCGAAGUUCUGGUGAAGUGUGGAUUGGAAGACGAGGUGAUCAAGUGUGUCCAAAAUACGAAUACUACGCUUUUAUUUCACUUCUUGUUGAAGGAGUUCGAUGAGCCUACAGUCACUGCAAUCACGUGUUAG